AGAAAGCGGAGGAGAAUGCAGCGCUACCAAGAGGCGGAAAGUGGAGGAGGGUAUGGCGAAAACGUGAGAAGCGGAGUGCGGCGACGAUGGCUACGACAUGGCACCACAGUAACGUGCGUCGUCUGAAAGGUCUGUCGUCGGCGACUGCUGCAAAUCGCGCCCACGUGUAACCCACACGCUGACUUUAGCGACCUCCAGAUUAGCGAGGCAGCCGCGCCACACUACGCUCCGUUGCUAACGUGCCGCAUGAGACAGGGUGUCCGCGUCAGCCAAUAUAUCCCGAAAUGAAAACACGUAUAGAGCUGCGCUCAAAUUUGGCAUUAGGAAGUAUUGUAAUCGUCGAUCAUCUUUUUUUUUUUUCGUGUGCAACGGGUGAACUCAGGCAAGCACUACCCUCAAUCUUCAUCUCAUUCGGUUUCGCCGAUCCCCAUCGUGGGCAUGACCCAUGCUUUCAAGCCGAUAGCAGCAUCAAUAGAGAACGAGGUGUGGCUUUGGCUAUAAGGUGUAUUGAAAUAUUGUGGUGGCAGAAUGUUCACUGCGGAACAGCUGGGCUUCACAAAAAACCAACUAGAGGAGGCAAAACAUUCGGAGCCACCACCUAGAUACCCGCCCCCGGACUUUUCUCCGGCUCCUUCGGUGAAUUCGGAGAAGAACAAACGCCUGGCCUCCGGCCUUUGUGAGCAGCGAAGAAACUUCAGCGAAUCCUGCUUCAACGUUCCUCCGCCCGAGGAGUCAGGACAUGACGAUAGGUACCAUCGCCAAGUCUACAAGGCGCCUGAUGUCAACUAUGAUUUUUCCUACUUUCCGACCGACCUACAUGUUUCUAACGAAGCAAAGAAGACCAAAAAGACGCACAAAAGUACCAGGGCUUCUGAUGCCCUUGCUAUUGAAAUUGACAUACAGAAAGAGCUACAGGCUCAGAGAGAGAGAGAGAUGAGACGUGACAGUGAUGAUGAGGGGGAAGAUGAAGCCUAUGAAAAGAAGAGCAAAGUAGAUGAGAAUGACGUUGAGGAGGAACUUGAUUCGGAUGAGGAAGCGGAGGUGGAAGAGGCCAUGGACUAUGUUCAUAACUAUGAUGAUGAUGAAGCCUUUAGCGAGGACGACAAGUCGGAUGAAGGUGCCACCUACUAAGACAUUAUUGUGCACAAAGGUCUAUUGUGCUGUCCAUGUGUGCAGCAUAAUCACAAAUGCAAGCACUAAUAAAUUUAUUCUGCUACAUUAUGAAGCAUUGCGCAUAUAUAGUGUAUAUUACUUUUUAGUGGUACAAGCAUCGAGUGACACUCUUGUUUCUUGCGCAGCACUUCCGUUUCACCUCCUGAGACGACUGGGGACGAAAUUCAAAUAAAAAAAUAGAAAAACAAUAGUACAGUAGAAAAUUUAUUGGUUUAUAAUAUAUGUAUGAUAUCAGAGCAUAAGUUUAGCUACAAUUUGAGUCACUGAAGUGCCUGAAAUAAUCAGAAUUGAUUAGGAAAUCACUGAGACGACCGGGGACGAAAUUCAAAAUAAAUCAGAAAAAAAUAGAAAAAAUAGUACAAUGCGAAAUUCAUAGGUUUCAUAUCAGAGCCUAAGUUUAGUCAAGAGUUGUGUUACUGAAGUGUCUGGAAUGAUUAGAACUAAAUAUAAAUCACUGAUUACCGCCCGCCAAAGCACAGAAUCGUAGACUGCAGAGGCCCGCCACGUGAGCACGACUUUGGUGAAAUUCCUGGAUACCCUUAUGUAGAAAGCGGAAGUAAUGACGUCGCUAAUGACGUCACAUACAAAAAAAAGGUGGCAUCAUAUUCGGAAAUCAGACACGUACUCUUCAACUUAAAUGUAAUAUCGGCCCCGGGGCCGGACGGAGCCACCAAAAAACUCCUCCGUUACCUGGACGACAAGGCCAUCGAAGUCCUAACGGCAGAGAUAAACGCGGUGUGGAGUGCGGGGCAGGUCCCGUCGGAAUGGCGCACCGCCAAGGUUGUGCUCAUCCCCAAACCGGGCAAACCUCCGCGCACGAAUAACAUGCGUGCGAUCUCUCUGACACCGUGCGUUUGCAAAGUGGCCGAACAUGCAGUACACAAUCGAAUCGUCGAACACAUAGAAAAUCACGAACUAUUUAGGCAUCAUCUAAUAAGCUUUCGAACGGGACUCCCCACGCAGGACUCAAUGCUCCUCCUGAAAAGAUUCAUAUUUGAGAACGAGACGCGGGAUGUCCAAGGAAUCAUUGCACUCGACCUCACUAAGGCCUUUGAUAAGGUGGCUCACAAACACAUUACAUAUUGAACGAAAUUUCCUCUUUCGCCCUCUUUCUCUUUCAAACAACGUGGAGGUCUCGAAAUGUCAGCUAGAAAAUCAAACAACAGCAAGUCAAGUCUGCGUUUUGUGGUUGUGCGAGCUUAUGCUCAUGCGAGCAGCAAAAUGACAAAAAAAUCAGUUACCUAAUGUCAGUUUCAUAAAGUCAGCUUUGCCACAGUACAACCAUGUUAAGCCGUGAAGCAUUCGCAAUGUGCAGGGUUCUGAAUAUUCGGUUGCGCGUGUUAAAAAAAAGAAAAAAAAUAUUGCGCUUACCGCUGCACUGUUCUUGUUCAAAUUUUACAGAGCGAUCGCAUUACGGCGUCGACUUCGUUUAGUAUAACACUUGGCAGAGUUAAUUGCCUGGUUUCUAAGAAAAAAAGUAUAAAUUUACCUGCGCUUAUGGGGAUGCGAGUUGCCGCGACAGCGGAAGUAUUAAUUUGUAUCGCUACCUGUUGUCAUCUGCGCAAAGCAGCGUUUCAGGGAGGGCAGUCGCCUGUUCCAGGAGCGGUCACCAGGCAGCAGCCCUCCCUGAAACGCUGCUUUCUGCAGAUGAUGGCAGGUGGCGACACAGGUCCGUGCCAGGGCCGAUUUUUCAGACUUCGUUUUCCCUAUAGACGAACAUAGUUUCUCAUUUUUGUCUUAAGGAAGGCAACUAAUCGUGCUAAGUGUUAUACUAAACGAAGUCGACGCCAAAAUGCGAUCGUUAUGCAAAAUUUGAGUAAGAACAAUGCAUCGGUGAGCGCAAAUUUUUUUUUUUUUUUUUUUUUUUUUUGAACGCGCGCAGUCAAAUAUACAGUCCCUGUACUGCGGUGAAGCAUAUAAAUAAGUCAACAGGGGCCAUUGCGUUACUGUGGCGAUUUCCUGUUUUGGGGUCAUGGCCGUGCGCUCUUAGAAGGCGUGAACAAAGAGGAAUCACGGUCGACGCUUAUGGUACGAACUCUGCCGAUGCAUCACUUGUAAAGAAAAAGAAAAGAAACGAAUUGGAGUGGGUGACGCCAAAAAAGAAAGUCGACUUUUGUAUGACCAAAGCAGUUCCAAAAAUAUUCAACCAUAUUCAAAGCUCCUGCCUUAUUUAUGAUUGUUUAAGUAAGUGCAUAUAUUUUGCACCAACUUUAGCACCAGUUCUGAUGUACUUUAAUGAUUUUGCUUUAGUGACACGUGGUAAAUGUACAAUUUGUGUCACGUGGUGGUGUUGUGAUUAUAAGAUGCCGC